CACUCAGUGAGAGGAGGAAGAGGAAGAAGGUGGGGAAGUGGGAGUGUUCAAUGGUGGGGUGAAGGGGAAAGGCCCAGGCAGGGAUGAGAGAGGAAGAGAGGGAGGUGAUUGAGAGCUUAGCAGUCAAUGUGGGAACAGGUUACAGGCUGAGAUGCCCGUGCACACAGUGAGCCCCGAGUGGGGAGAAGGGCCUGGCCUUGUUCAGGGAUUCUUUGGAGGAGACAUGCAAAAGGAACCGGGGUAUGAGGAGUGGGAUUUGGGCGCGCAACAAGGCUUCGGGUGGUUCAGCUACCAGGAGUUUGCAGGACCCCGAGAGGUGUGCAGCCGCCUCCACUCUCUCUGCCGCCUGUGGCUGAAGCCAGAGCGACACUCCAAGGCGGAGAUGCUGGACCUGGUGCUCCUGGAGCAGUUCCUGGCCGUCCUUCCUGCGGAGAUGGAGCGCUGGGUGAGGGAAUGUGGGGCAGAGACCAGUUCCCAGGCUGUGGCUUUGGCUGAAGGAUUCCUCCUGAGUUGCGAAGAAGAGAAGAAAUUCAAAGAGCAGGAGAACAUUUUUGCCAAAGAGACAGUUGAGAUGAAGAAUGAGUGGGCUAUGCAAGACGGUAACAGCGCAUCCACCUCGUUGGGAGGUGCAACAAGGACAUGGCCAAAAGCAUCUCUUCAUAUGAAUAUACCUCAAACAGUUCCUAUAAGGCCAAACCAGAUGACAUUUGAAGAGGUGACUGUGGAUUUCACGGAGGAGGAGUGGGCGCUGCUGUCUCCAGGCCAAAGGGCCCUCCAUGGAGAAGUCAUGGAUGAGAAUCUGAGGAUGGUGUUAUCUUUGGGUUGGGACGAGCAAGAGAGUGAGAACAACAGAGAACCAAGCAGGGCAUUCCUGCAAAGUAACAAGCAGAAGCAGAUGAAAAGGAAGGAAAGAAAAUCAGCCGCCAACGGCAAUGAAAGGAACACGUAUCCUGCUUCUCAGGAAGGUGAUAUCUCAGUCAAAGAAAUAAGAGGGAAAGGGAAAGAAAGGAGUAAAUGUUUUUAUCCCCUGUGUGAGAAAGGCUUUAGGUGGAAAGGAAGCGUUGUUCAUAGAAGAAUUCACCCAGAGGAGAAAUCCUUCAAAGCUGGUGAGUGGAGAAGGACACCCAGUUUAAGAAAGGCUCUGAUUUCCCAUGAAAGAUUUCCAACGAGAGAGAAAGCUUUUAACUGUUGGAGGUGCAGAAGGAGCUUCAAGUGGCGGUCACACUUUGUGUCACACCAAAGAACUCACACAGGAGAAAAACCCUUUAUAUGCCUGGAGUGUGGAAAGAGCUUCACUUUGAAGAAAUACCUCACUCGUCAUCUGGCCACGCACACAGGAGAGAAACCGUUUCAGUGCUUGGUGUGCGGAAGCAGCUUCUCUCAAAAGGCACACCUGACUCAUCAUUACAGAACACACACAGGAGAGAAACCAUUCAAAUGCUUGGUGUGUGGGAAAAGUUUCAAUCAGAAGACGCACCUCGCCAGUCAUGAAGCAACUCACAUGGAAGAGAAACCAUUUAAAUGCUUGGAAUGCGGGAAAACAUUUGCUCAAAAAGCAGGCCUUAGUCGUCAUCUAGCCACUCACACUGGAGAGAAGCCCUUUCAAUGCGUGGUGUGUGGGAAAGGUUUCAUUACCAAAUCACAUCUCACUACUCAUCUUGCAACUCACACGGGGGAGAAACGGUUUCAGUGCUUGGAGUGUGGGAAGAGCUUCACUCAAAAGCAACAACUCACUCGCCAUUACAGAACUCACACAGGAGAGAAACCAUUUCAAUGCUUGGAGUGUGGAAACCACUUCAGUGGAAAAUCAGCACUUCUGGCACACCAAAGAAUUCACACGGGGGAGAAACCCUUUGGAUGCUUGGAAUGUGGAAAGUGUUUCAGGCAUAAAUUAAGCCUCACUUGCCAUCAAGCAAGUCAUACAGGUGAGAAACCAUUUAAAUACUUGGAAUGUGGUGAAAAAUUCAUCGGGGAAGGAAGUCUCACUUUUUACGAAGCCAGUCACUCAGGGGAGAAUCUAUUUCACUGUGUGGAUUGUGGGAAAAGCUUCAAUCGGAAGUCAAUCCUCAUAUCACAUCAAAGAAUCCAUACAGGGGAGAAACCAUUCAAAUGCUUGGUGUGUGGAAAGAGCUUCAGGCAGAAAUGUAUGCUUUCAUCACAUGAAAGAACUCAUACAGGGGAGAAACCAUUCAAAUGCUUGGUGUGUGGAAAGAGCUUCUCGCAGAAAACUAUGCUUUUGUCACAUGAAAGAACUCAUACAGGAGAGAAACCAUUCAAAUGCUUGGUGUGUGGAAAGAGCUUCUCGCAGAAAUCUAUGCUUUCGUCACAUGAAAGAACUCAUACAGGGGAGAAACCAUUCAAAUGUGUGACUUGUGGAAAAUGUUUCUGUCAAAAAGUAAGCCUCAAUUGUCACCAAAGAAUACACACAGGAGAGAAACCGUUUCAGUGCUUGGAGUGUGGGAAAAGCUUCUCGCAGAAAAUAACCCUCAAUCGCCAUAUUACAACCCACACAGGAGAGAAACCCUUUGAGUGCCUGGAGUGUGGAAAGAAGUUCACCUUGAAGCAGGCCCUUAUGUCGCAUCAAAGUAUACAUACGGGGGAGAAGCCUUAUAAGUGUGCGGAGUGUGGAAAAAGUUACCCAUACAAAUUAAGCCUAAAUCGCCACCAAGCCACUCAUUCAGGAAAGAGACAAUUUCAGUGCUUGGAGUGUGGGAACAGCUUCAGUGAAAAAUCAGCACUUCUGACACAUCAAAGAAUUCACACAGGGGAAAAACCAUGUUGAUAUUUGUAUAAAGAACUUCAGGCAUAAAAAGCCUCACAUGUAAGAUUCUGGAAGUUCUUGGAGUUGAAAUCAAAUUCACAACAACAAUACUCUGGAAUCAAAUGAUUUAUUCCAUCUUUCCACAAUCACUGAAUAAACAGUUCUAAAGGUUUCCCACUCAAACACCCUGUAAUAUAACAGCCCAGCUCCGAUUCACCGCCUAGUGGCCAAACAUUGUGCCCACUGUCUGAUAAUUACAAUUUCUAUUUCCCUCACAAAACAGAUGUCUUAUCUCCACUACCCUGUUCCCAGCCUCCCUUCCUCCUACCUCCCUUCUUUAUGGCAGAGAACCAAAACAGCCAGUUCCAGGCUGCUAUGGUGAUCCUGACAUCACAACUCAUCAAUCAACUCACUCAGGGGAGAACCAGUUUAUGUUUGUAGUUUGGAAAGGGCUUCUAUCAAAAGCAACACCUCACUUGCCAUUACAGAAUCCACACAGGAGAAAAACCCUUUGAGUGCUUGGAAUAUGGAAACAGGUUGAGCUCGAAGUCGGCCCUUGUGUCACAUCAACAUAUAGAUGUGGGGAAGAAACUUUAUAAGUGUGCGGAGUGUGGAAAAAGUUACCCAUAAGCCUAAAUCGCCACCAAGCAAUUCAUUCGGGAAAGAAUCAGAAAAUACAUCUCAUUCGUCAUCUGACAACUCACGUAGGACAGAAAUCUGUAAAAUGAUUGGUUGAAUUCCUAUAUUAUGCCACACCAAAAUAUUCACGACUUAUAGAAAUUAUAUGAAUGCAUGGAGGGUGGCAAAGAUAAAGAAUAGUUUGGGAAAUGCAACAUGUGGGUGGAACUAUGUCAAAGUUUAGAACAUUGAUGGAUUUUCAGAAAUCACAAACCUUACGUUGCAUUCCUACAAGCAAUAAUAUAAUUUUUUUCAAAGCUAACACCUCAGGUUUGGACUGUUUAAGUGUGUCCUUUUCGCUUGUGUUUUGUGAUGAUGAUAGUGAGAGACAGUGUAUAAGGGGGGGAGGGGUGAUAAUUCAUGGAAUUGAAGAAUGGUGUUGUAGCCUUUGUAAAAUCACAUGUAUUAGUAUUGUUGUUUUGUUGUUGUUACAGCAUAAUUAAAACACAUAAACAUUGUAAAAAAUUCUAUAAAUAAGCACAUUAAAAUGUAUUUCAAUAAAAGAUACAUAGUAAUAAUGUAUUUCUAUAAAAUACAUAUUAAAAUACACAAGAUGCAAGUUGAAAA